AUGAUCAAGAGAAAAGAAAUUGAAAUUGACUCUUCUCUUGGAAAAGCGGUGACAAAUACGACUUCCUUAGCGGAGAAUGACCAAAUACCAAACGAUCCCACACAAAAGGAUGCAAUUUCUGUGGCAUUUGAAGUUGAUAAGGAAGUUACAAUAGUUCAAGCUCACUCAGACAUGCCGAAGCCAGGAAAUCCAAAUAUUCCUACUUUGUAUGAGCUCAUGACAGAGCCCAAUUUAGAAAUUUGGGAUGAUUGGUAUGAUAGUGAAAAGGAUUCAGAAAGUACAUGGCAACCAUGUACUCGAAGAAAACCUACAAAAAUUAAAAGUCCAUCUUGGAAACCAUCUGGAAACUCUGGAGUCAAAUUCUGGAGUACACCUGAAACAAAGAAUCACAAGAAUAAGAGAAGGACUGGAAAGCAAAAAAUUUCUUUAAGAAAUGAACUUGAACAACCAAAACGAAAUCUAGUAACUCUAGAGGAGUUUUUACCAAAAGAGUUACGGGAAAAGGCAAUUAUUGGUGACGACAGUGUGUCAGAUUGCUGCAUGACUUUACUGGCAGAAGAAGGUCCUGAAUCUACCUUGUUCGAAAGUGAAAAAGAGGUAGAUGAAAUUACCUUGCAAGAUAUGCGGCGGAAAAUUGUUGCAAAGAAGGCAAAAGAAGUGAAAGAGCUUGAAAAGGCUACACAAGAUCUUCACAAGCCUUCAUCUUCGACCAACAAAGAAUUCGCUAAUGAUGGUCGAAGAGACAAAAGCACUGGUGAAAAUGAAAUGACGCGAGCAAAAUAUGAUAUAUUGGCUCAUCUAAAGCGCAUCCCUGCUCUCUUGAGCGUUUAUGAUGCACUGCAAAUGUCUCGUGAGCAUAGAAAUGCACUUGUUGUUGCAUUAACAAGUCCUGAAUUUUAUACAGAGAAGAUAGAGCCAAUAAAACCUACAUCACUCGAGAUGCAUACCUCUUGUAUGGCAUGCAUAACCUUUGAUGAUAAAGACCGUCAGUUGGGAGCCGCCUUGCAUAAUCGACCUCUCUACGUGACAGGUAUGGUUGCUAAUGUUCGCGUGAGUCGCAUUAUGUUGGAUUGUGGAUCAGCUGUGAAUGUACUCCCCUUAAAAACCUUGAGAGAUGUUGGUUUACACCCACGUCAAUUGUCUCCGUCACCAUUGACAAUUCAAGGUUUUAACCAAGUUGGGGAAAAAGUAUGGGGAAGUAUCACAUUGAAAGUUGAAAUAGGCGAACUUAAUUCUGAAGCCUUAUUUCAUGUCAUUGAUUCAGACAUAUCCUAUAAUGUGUUGUUAGGGCGACCUUGGCUUCAUGAAUAUGGGGUCAUUCCUUCAACACUUCACCAAUGCGUUAAGUUUUGCAAGGAAGGCAAAGUCAGAAGUGUUAAUGCAGACCCAAACCCCUUUUACGGGGAACAAGUGAAUUACGCUGAUGCAAAAUUUUACAAGUCGGCUAAUGUCACGAUUUUGAAAGAGAAACUUGAGGAGGGAAAAUGUCAUGAAAGCUUAACCUCACAAAAAUCCCUGCAAGUUAAGCAACUAUCCCCUGUGAAAUCUCCUCAGCCUAAAGAGGAGGACUUGAAGGUAUCUAAUCAAAAACGAACCUUCAAGUACAUCCCUAAAAGUCAACGAGGAGUGGGACAAAAAGCUUUGACGCUGAUUGAAGAUUCGAUGACAGCCCUUAUGACGAGCUUUACUUUAUCGCUGAGGAAAAUUGAUCAGUCACUACCCAAGGGUAAAAUGCAAAUUUCAAUUACUUUUGGGGAAAAUAGCAAGAAAAAUAAAAGGGUUGUCACUCUUAAUAAAAAAUCUUCAACUUCUGUAACUCUGAAAGCCUUCAAAGUGGAAAAGAAAAAGUUCCAUGUCAAGAAGCAAAAAGGAAUCACAAUCCAUCAAAAUAAUGAUUGUUUAAAAGCUUCUUUUGAACCAGACAAGUUAACAGAAGAGGAACAAAAAAUGUUUCACAAUGACGAUGUACCCACACCUUCCUUGCGGGUGUCGGUGUUUGACAGACUUGAAGCAAGCACAUCCACCCCACGAGUGUCAGCAUUCGAAAGACUUGGGCAUGAAACACAAGAAGAUGAAGAAAAUAUUGCUCAAGUCAAUUACCUCUCUUUUGAAGAAAGUUUGACCGAAGAAGAUGAAAGCUCGAGCUCAAACCCUUCGGAAGAUUUUAUAGACAUUUUGCAACCAGCACCUCAAGAAUUCGAAGACGGAGGACAAGUAACAGUGGAUGAUUUAAUAGAGAUCAACCUUGGGACCGAGGACGAUCCAAAGCCUGUAUUUGUCAGUGCUUUAUUAACCGAAGAAGAAUUACCACAAUACAAACAAGUCCUUCGUGAAAACAAAGAUGUAUUUGCUUGGGGGUAUCAAGACAUGCCAGGGUUGGAUCCAAAGGUUGUCGUACACAGGUUGGCAGUAUCGAAAGACGCUACCCAUGUUAAACAAUCUCAAAGAAGAAUUCGACCAGAGCUACUUCCCAAAAUUGAGGCAGAAAUUGACAAGUUAAGAAAUUGCUGGUUUAUUCGGGAAGUUAAGUAUCUCAUUUGGCUCGCAAACAUUGUCAUUGUGAUGAAGAAAAAUGGGUAA